UUCUUAAUUAGUUUAUGCCAAAUCAUUAUAUAAUACUGUAUAUUUUAUAACACCACACCACUGCACUGAAGAUCUCAAACCCUAACCAACAUAUCUUUUGCUUUACAUAAAGAGAUUACAACCACAAAAAAGAAAGGAGAGAGGGAGGAAACACUAUGGAAUCUCUAUGGGAAAUCUUCAAUUUUAGUGAAAUCCAAGAUUGUGAUCAUCAAGAACUUCAAAUCCCCUCUACUCCAUGUCAAAUACCCCAUCAAGAUCUGGUCAAAAGGACGUCUCAAAUACCGACAAUAGCUCCUGCUGAAGCAAUUGUAGCAGAUUUUGCACUCAUUGAUUUUGAACCUUCUAACAUCUUGAGUUUAGAAAGAAAUUAUAUUAAUAAAAAGAAAAGAUCAAGAAGAUUACCAAGUGAUCCAAAUAGAAGUGAUGAAGUACAAAUGAAGGAUCAAAACAAAAGAAGGAUGCAGCCUAUACAAAGUCCUUCUCUAGAUCAAAACAAGCUCAUCAGAAGGAUUGCACAUAGAGAUAUUGAAAGACAAAGGAGGCAAGAAAUGGCUAAUCUUUAUGCUUCUCUUAGAUCACAUCUUCCACUUCAAUAUAUCAAGGGAAAGCGUCCAGUAUCAGAACAUAUGGAACAAGCUUUGAAUUACAUCCAACACCUCAAGAAUAAUAUCAAAGAAUUGGAAACAAGAAGAGAUAAGAUGAAAAUUUUGGACAAUUCUUCCAAUGAGGAUAAUGAAAACAUAGGCCAAAAAUGCAAUCUGGCAGAAUAUGUGAAAGUGAACAAAUGUGAAGAUGGUGUGGAGAUUUUGAUCAAAAACAAGUUUGCAAAAGAAGGGCUUCAACUUUCAAGAGUGCUUGAAGAACUCAUGAACAGAAAAUUAAAUGUUGUUACAUGUGUUUCUACUAAAGUAGAUGAAACAAUUCUCCACAAAAUUCAAGUUGAGGUCACUGAUUUUACAUGCAUGGAUGUAUCUUCACUUGAACAAAAGCUAGCUGAGUUAUUGAUGCUUAACUUGCCUUAAGGAAAGCUUCUGUAUCAGUGCAGAUUAAUUAGUAGUACUUUGAAGUUUGAAGUUUAUGUUUUCAUGCAUGCAAUGCAAGAUUAUAUAGCUCACUAUCAAGGUUCAAAAGUAUUACCAACGAGGAUUGUGGUAGGAUGAAAAUAAUUUAUUCAUUCUUAAUCAGAGGUAUUGAACCAUGCGAGUGAAAAAAAUCCUGAUAAGGAGCGUUUUCUCUUUUGACGGGCCUUAUAUAUACAACACAUAUCUGAAUUAAUCAGGAUCCCAAAACAGUUAUCAAACAAGUUCAAGCUUAUUAGUAUUCAGGAUUUUUAGUAUGGCUACACUUACUACCCUUUUGUUACAAUGCAUGUGAAUAUAGUGUGUGUAUAUACAUAUACAUUUGUGUUUAACACAUCAUUAAUUGAGUAAGAAAAGUGUACUUUAAUUGACAUUUUAAUUUUUUAGAUUAGAUGACUGUCACACACUUCAACACAGU